UUGCCGUCUUCCACGUUGGUCGGCUCAUGUCGCACCAAUAUCGCGCAUCUUCCCAUCCGUCAACACUACUGUGUGGAGUCACGAGAGAGAAAACUCUCUGCACCUGAAGUCUACUUCAUCCGCUUCAAUUAAAAAUGACAGCAGACGUAUCACUGGCCAAACCCAUCCCUCUCCGGGGCUCAGGUCCAAUCUAUAUUCAGCUGACGCUCCCCGGCGUGCCGUGGUACAUCUACAAUGACCACGCCGACGGAUAUUUUCGGGACCGGGGCACCACUUCCAGCGCCCUCGUCCUCGACCUGGCCGCCAAUCCCAAAUCCAACGACGGAAUCCUCCUCGGCGGCACUCAUAUCCCUCUGAUUAGCGCCAGUACCACUACUACUACUACACCCGGGGAAAAUGAGGCCGGGGAACCGACGACAGAGAAGCUGCAGCAAUUCUUAAGCUCUCAGGCAAUCGCCCAGCCGCACAAACCAGCGCCGUCAUCUGCGGUCAACUCGCUGCGGGCCCUCCUGGGUUUGCCAAAGGACCGAACGAGUCCGGCCCCGGCCGACACGUCAAAACCCGUGGAGGGGGCCAGCGACGUGCAGGAGGAGGGCCAUGGCACGACGGCGGAGUGGAAGGAGCUGAGGGGUGCCAGGGGCUGGCAUCGCUCGCCGGGCGACCUCGGCGGUUUCACGCAGAACGCGUCGCGGCGGCCGCCGUCCGAGUAUUACCGCACCGUCAGACUCGAGCAGGCACAGUACGCCGUGCAGACGACGGAGAAGGGCAGCUUUGAGCUGAGAGUGAAAGUGAGGUCAAUCAUCGGGGCCGGUGUCAGGGACACGAAUACGGCCGGCGGACGGGACAGGGUGGCUGCUGAUGGGGGUGUGUUUGGGCUUUUGCUGGAGAGGGACGGAGGGGGAGGGGGAGGCUGGGCCGUGGUGGGGGUCGAGGGCGUUGACCAGAUCCAGACCUAUGACUAGACCCUGGGGGUUCGGAGACCUUAGGCAUUGUCCAGAGAUGCAGAAUCGGAUAUAGAGGGACUUGUGCACGUCAGCUAGUCCGGCCUGAGGUAAUGUAAGCCACAAUCAUUCGAAUGGAAGACCGCGCAGGACACGCAGAAAGAGAUGUGCACAUGGAAUCGUCGCCGGCAGAGCCCCAAUACCCGCCUCGGCCCGUUCUUGAUCGCUUGCAUACCUGGUAUUUUGACGUCCUAUUCAUUCGGAUCUUAUUAUUAAAUCCCCGGU